CCCUUAUUUCGACUUCCGUCACCUCGGACAAACACACAUACACACAGCAUCCCGUUUCUGCUACCACCAUACCCGUGUGGCUCUCCCACCUGAAAUGCUUGAGCUCCUUACUUACCUGCACGAUUCGGAGCUCGUGGCCCGGUUCCAGAGACGAUGCGGACUCUUCCUGGUCGAAGCCACGAAUCACAGUAGAGGUAGCACGGGCGCUCACACUGGGACCCCUGAAGCACGUGCGCAGGUGGGCAGACGAUGGAACCACCAGGAUAAGAAUUCCAAUUAUACAAGCAAGGAGAAUGGACACGCUGUUGCUGUAAGUCAGUACACUUUUAUAAUCCGGUGUUUUCAUCAUUUUAACCACUUUGAACAGAAGCAGGAACUAAAAUCUCACCUGUCUGCAGCUGGUUCCUUCAAAGCUGAUGACUAACAUUCAAGAGAUAAACCGACAGUUUGAUUUCUGGUGCAAAAACUGUGUUUGUACAUGCAAAUUUGGUGCUUUGCAAUGGAGUCCAAGUUAUAAAACUUUUAUUUUAGCAGAGAAGCUGCUUGAAUAAACGGUUGAAUUUAUUUAACAGCUAUGCAAACCAAAUGCUGACUGGCUUUUCUUGUUUGUCAGGCUGACUCUGUCAUCACUAGAUCUUCAUCUGCACUAGGAUUGACUGUGAGGGAUGUUUACAUACUUGUCUGCCUCCUUUCUCUCUGGAAAACAGUUUAUUUAGUCUGGUUUACGACAAGCAAACAACCAAAAAGAAGUUGACACCUACUUGUCAGUCCUUCGCUGUCACUGACGGCUUCACAAUUUGGAAAUGUGUAGAUCCUCCAGGUCAAAUACUGCAAAAAUUACUGACAUAUCGAAGCUCCUCAGUAAAGUUGAGUGGAACAUUUUGAAAUAUGCAGAUAUUGACAUGAGAUCUCAAUAUUAUUGUAUUUUGUAUUUUGCGACAGUGCAGAGAAUAAAAUAGGUUAGAAAGUGUGAAUGUUCAGUUGAUUAUUGAGAUGAAGAGGCAAAAGCUAUAAGGCAGUUUUUGAAUUCAUAAAAAAAAUCUUUGUCAAGUUUCAAAAGUGUCUAAUAAUUUCUCAAAAGACUACCACAACUAGCUCACUGGCAGCUGCUGCUUCUUCUUUAUCCCUUCUCUGUUUUAUGGUACCACGAUAUCAAUAGUUUUAUUUUAAGACCAUUGAAGUUGAGGUUGAAAGGAUUUUGGUCUCCUGGGGUUGUUUUUCCUACCCCUAGUCCAGUGUUCUGGGUCAACCCUUGAAAAAGAGGUCAAAUUAGGUCAGAGUGUCCCAGCGACAUGAGUAUAAUUGAUCUGACUUCUAGUUUUACUCAGGAAGAACAUCUACAUUGACAUCGUUCUGUACUUAUUCUCUACAGGGCUGCAGCCGGCCUCAGUAUGAAGUGAGGAACUGGCUACUGCACGUCCUCUUCCUGAUCUCUGCAGGCCUGGGGCAUGAAAUCUUCUACAUUACCUGCCUGCCGUGCAUACACUGGAGCUUGGACCCUUUCCUGUGCAGACGCCUUGUCAACAUGUGGGCUGUAAGUCACACCUAGAGAGAGGAAGUGUGUGUUCAUAUCAAUAAGACCACCACAAAUGAAAGAUUUCAGUCAGAUGUUCAUCAGCUUCACAAUGACACAUCUCUUCUUUGCCCCUCGUCACCUUUCAACCCCCUUUCAUCCGUGACCUGUCUCUGACACCAGCAUGUCCAUAUAUCCCCGGGCAUGGGGGGCCAGCAGGGCCGGCCUCUGAGGUGGUGAGGGGCCACACAUGAGGACUCAUCAGUGGGGCUAAGAUCUCCCUUUAGAUGUUAACUCUGAUGGGGUCCAGCACACUAGGACAAGAGACCCUGAAAACAUGUCAAAUGGGAUCCCAGAGGGGAUGAGACACAGACAUCCACACACCCCAAAGAGAGUGUGCGUGUGUGUGUUUUUGUGCCCUUUUGUGUCCCUGCCCCAGUGCUUGGUGUGCGCCCUGAGUCUGAACCCCUGGUUAUAACCCCUAAGGCGUUAGAUACCAUUCUUCUGGCAUCCUGGCUGCACCAGGCCCCUGUAUGAACUCCUCAAACACAUAUAAAUACCAACUCACACACACACACACACACACACACACACACACACACACACACACACACACACACACACACACACACACACACACACACACACACACACACACACUCUCAUUCCCUAGCACACUCAUUGCCCUCCCUCUAGUUAGACAUUACCAGCUCCACUCCCCCGGUUCACCAGCAGAGUGUUUUAUUGGCCUCAUCAACGCCCUGAGCUUUAUCUCUCUUUGGACCCAACAUUUGGUCUGUCAGCCCUCGGGGGGCUUCACCCCACUUCUAACAGCUCCCUGCCAUUGUGCAGGCGGAGUUAUCUGAGGUUCAUGCAUAGAUGUGCACCCGUUCUCCUCUUUCUCUCUCACAUGCAAAACUGGCAUCAGGACUGAAGUGCAUCCAUGCAAAGUAAUACUAUGUGCAUGAGAAAAGACGGUGCAAAUCAAUGCCAGAGAUGCACACACACACACUGCACACACACCGCACACAUGUCCCAUUGUGCUCUUAACUCUCUGCUGCUUUUACUUUGAAGGGUGACUUUGGUUGACUUCGAGAACAACUUUCGUUAACCAUAUGGUCAUGAAUUACUAACAGGGUUGUACAGGGUUCUUGUAGCAUAGUGUUAUGCAAAUCAUGUGCUGCGGGGAUAUAUAAAGAUCCCUGAUGUUCUUGUACUUAAUGACAUGCAGGACGUACGCUGUGACAUGAAUAACGAAGAAUGCUGAGAGGGAAACUGCAUGAAAUGUUUCAAUUAAUGACAUCAGGUUAGCAUUGUAUCCAAGAAAAAGAAACAACUUUGUUCCCACAGAACCAAACAGUUGUGGUUACGUAACCUCUAGAGUCCUGGAUUUAUCUUAGCCAGGAUGUUGUUAGUCUGACUGAAUAAGACUCUUAAAAUAUACAUAAACAUUGAAGACAUUAGUCAAACUAACAAACCUUAAUAAUGUGCACCUCAUUCAGACUAAAACUGAGCUGAAAUCCAGCACCACGGUAAAGGGAUAUUCCGGCAUAAAUUUAAGUUGGGGUCAAACACACCGUGACACUAAGUUAGACACCCCCUUGAGAGAUGAAUAUUGCAGACUGCUUGCUUCUCUAGUUAUACCAACUUUAGUAAUGACCGCACAAUAGCAAUACACAGCAGUUUAUGUCUCCAUGCACAAACCUCAACCAAAAAGCCACUCUAGCCAGAAAUAAUGCUCAGAACAGCACCUAACUUCAUCAACAGUACAUAUAGGGUCACAGCCAUAGUGCUAGCCACCAAACAUCUUUUUAGCUUUGCCUGGUAUCUUUAGCAAAGAGAAUAAACACAACUCACCCACUCUCUUCCAGCAGCAGCUUGUUUGUGGGGGGAGCCCGAAAGAGUCGAUCAUCACCAAGUGCAGCGGAUCAUAUCCAUGAAGUAAUAAUCCUCAUACUAAUCAUUUUGUACUGCAAUCAGACCUUAUCGUCUCAGGUCUGAUUGCAUUUCCAUGAAGUAAUAAUCGUAAAUGUUCUUCCUUGAGCUGCGAAACCCCACUGCACUCAGUGAUCGACUGGGAUAUCCCUUUAAGAGGACAUGUUGAGUGAGCGUGGAAUUAGUGCAGCUUAUACUGUCUGCCUGAACUAGCUUACAGGCUUCACUCCAUAGUUUUGUUCCUCAACCCCAAACAAACCAAGUUCCAGUUGCUGAAAAUGGAGGUUCUGGGAAACUGCCAUCUAAGGUGGAGUUGAAACAGAGGAUUUAGGGAUUCAGAGGAUUCGGUUGCACAUGCACCAUAAAUCCAAGAUGGUCCACUCUAUUCUGUUUGGGUUAAAUUGAAGUCAACAAGUCAAGCUCUCAUAUCAGCUGACAGCUCGGCACAAAUAUGAAAAUGAGCGCUCUGUUUAAGUUGCUUUAUCCCACCUAAUUUCCCUGCUUCCUCUGCAAACCAUUCUGCAACCUGCCUCCACCCCAGCUCCUCCUUUUGUCACUGAUACCCACGCUGUUUGCUGACUUUGCUGCUGCUUUCCAUGCCUUGGCAAUUUGUGUAUACACAUGAUAGAGAGGGAAGGUGUGUCAACACAUUUUGAGAAGAUUGUCCUGCAGCUAAAGAUGAGUAAAGGCUGAGUAUCUCCUCUUAAAUAGACCCAUAAGAGCUUCAGCUGCAUUGCAGAGGUCAUCUGAGUAAAAAGAAAAACCAUGCUGAGUAGAUAAGCUCCACAGUCAUGAUAUAGGAAAAAAGCAGGACUUCCUGAUUUCCUAUCGUGCAAACCAACCUCCAUUUCAAGGCCUUUAUGAGAUUUGAGAAACAUGUUUAUGAGAAACAUGAAGUUGCAACAGGUUGUAAUCGUUAUACUGUAAAAUGUGGGUUAUUUUACUGCUUUAUGUCACUAGAUUUUACUCUCUAAGUGAAGUUUAUUGUCCACAUUGUUGGUGAGUGGCUUUCAAAAGGAAGUUCUGUUCAUUUGAAGCAAUGAAACAAACAUCGUGUGUGUUUUCAGACAAACACUGGCCUCCUGUCGCUCCUCACACACCCCGACUCUGAUCCACAUGUUGACAGAUCAAAGUCCAAAGCGGCACUCGCCUCAAUCAAUGCACCGAUUCAGGAGAAAACACACUCUCAGGCCCAUCAGUCCACCUGUAUCUCCACAUCUCUUCUUUAAUGAGGCUCAAACAGAGACAACAAAGACUCUGUGGUUUUACUGCAGCCAGAUGAAUAUGUUUGUGUUGAUGGUGAGCGCGGGGGGCGAGGUGAGGGUAUCAUAACAUGCAUGCUGGUGAACUGGCAGAUUCAUUGUGUGAGAGCAGAGGGACGGUGCUCCCACAGAAUAGCUUAUUGUAAAGUGAAUAGAUGCAAAAUAACUGCACCAUUUUCCUGUCCUCUGCUCAUUGUCCACUUCACUGUUCAGUCUGAGAGAGUGGAAACAGCACAGAUCGAGAGAGAAAGUGUUAUAUUGAGCUCCGCAGUCACAACUGAAACAGGAGGAUGCUAACAUUGGCAAGCAACACAAGCACUUGCUGUCAACAGCUAAAACAUCUGUUUUAUUACUGCUCCAGUGUGAUGCUCUCAGUGAUGGUGGCUUUGACACGCACCCGUUUUUAAUAGCAACUGGAGAGGAGCAAAAGAGCAGCAGCUGAGCUCAAACAUGGAAGAACGAGGCAUCUGUUUUAGACGUCCUGUCAGGUGUAUUUUUAGGGAACCAAGCCAGCUCUUUUCCUGACUCUCUGACUCAUCGUGUCAUUUUCCCUCUCUCUUUCUUUAUCUUUAUCUGCAUCUCACUAUCUGUCGCUACAAAUUAGCACGCACGGUCAGGAGAUGUACGGUUAUAUCUCAUUCGCCAUGGUAACUAGCACCUCUUGAUUACAGUGUCAGUGGAGACGGUAAUAACAACCUCUCUAUUCUCUGCCUUAAACACACAAAUUAGUGUCCUGCUCACUCUCGGCACCCUGCCUCCCCGCUCUGCGCUAAGACAGCCAUUCAUUAAAUAUACAAGGCAGAGCUUUAAAUAAACCUGGAGCUGGAGCAGGCCGCCCCUCUUCCAGCCGCUGGGGAUCUCAGGAAGGAGAAUAGGCAGCACAUUUGGCAGGAAGCUCACAUACAAACACACACACACACACAUAUACCUCCACCACGCCCACACACACACCUUGCACCGAGUGUAUCAUUGUGUCAGGAGCCCUCUGUCUGACCCAGUCAGCUGAAGACGCUGCGUCAGCAAACCCCCCUCCCUCAUGCAAUAGAUUUUGUUUCCUGCAGCAUCUGCACUUUGUUCCAGGGUGGGUCCCCUUUUUUUACUCACAGUUUCCUCCUCAUUUAAGGAGAUGCUGAUUACUUAUUUAACCAAAAUGUGUCUGCUUUAAGAGCCAAGUAUAAUCAGGAUUUUUGCCUCCUUACUUACCAUUUUAUCAUCAUCUUACCUCAUGUUUCCUGCACGUCACCUGAAAGAUACCAAGCAUCAUGAAUGUACAACCCCAAACCCAAAUGAGUUAGUGCACCAUGAUCAAUGCUAACAACAAUACUCUUUCAGGUGGUGAUGUACGUGGGCCAGGUGAUGAAGGACAUACUGAAGCUGCCUCGUCCUCUCUCUCCUCCUGUGGUCAAGCUAGAGACAAGAGUCGAUGCCGAAUACGGGCUCCCCUCCACCCACGCCAUGGCUGCCACCGCCAUCUCAUUCACACUUUUACUCAGCGCUCCCUCCAGGAUACAGGUGAGAACCACUGACAGCUGUGGUGAAAGAACAGUAGACCAGGACUUGGUUACAAAUAAUUUGAUACUAUGACAGAUAUUGUAGGGAAAAAAAUAGGGUUUUUUUCUACAAACCUCAGUCACCAGCAUAGCUCAGCACCAAACAGGUCAAUGCUUCAGCUAAAAAAGAAAAUGAACACGUGACAUAUCAACACUUGACACCAAAGCUAAUCUGAAACCCAGACAGAGGUUUCCCUGAACAUCCAGUUUGUUUUGAGAAGUUUGAAAUGCUGUAGCUACCUCCAAAAGUAGAUAAACAAAGCUCGCAUUAUGUUUGGAAUUAUGGCAUGACAUUCAUGGUGCCCAGAGGAAUAAUCCAAAUGACUCCAGUUUUCCACUUUCUUUUCCUUUCAAACCAAAAUGAAAUUAAACGUAACUAAACUGGAAUUCCUGAAAAGUGCAGAUGUUGUAACAUUAACCACGAAUCCCUGGACUCAAGUGAGCAAUCACGUUGAUCCCACAUACACCUAUAAGAACUGUUUCAUAUACUUAAUACUGACUUAAAAACGGCCGUAAACUCAAAAUUAUAGAAAUUCACAUGUGACUUAAACUAUGAUGAUUAGAAGUGAUUUUAAAAAUGUUUUGUUGUACAGCCCUGUGGCUCUUUCACCACCGCAGAAAUAAACCCAAAAUUGUCUGGCUAAAAUUGAACUGCAAUACGCAGAGAAAACUGACAAAUGAGUGCAGCACCAGUCUACAUAGAGAUGAUAUUAACAAUGAAAUAUGACACUGAAAAACGAUGCUGCUGCCAAUGUUGACUGUUAAUGAUGUACUUAAACCUCAUUAGAGGAAGGAAGCCAAGACCAAGCGGAGGUUGAUGUGUAAUUAUAGCCCAGGGUAUCUCAUUAGCAGUCCUGUUAAAGUAGUAUUAAAUUGUAUGGAUCAUUCAAAGGUUGGUGAAGUGCAGACAGAAUACACCAAUCUAUAUACGUUUUCAUUUUAAUGAUAUAGUGUGAUUUCUGUUAUUAGCUGACUGUACUAAUGGAAGGAUGCCAACUUUGCAAUGAUCUGUCAACUUAUCAGAGGCUGUAUGCAUGAAGUCAGGCUUCUCUGUUUUAGCACUGGUCAAAAAUGGUCCAAUCGCAGCUAAAUAAGGAUCACUUUUGCAAAAAAGAACUUGUGAUGUUCAAGCGAUGAGGCAUAUUGGGCAUCAUGACUCUGUUCCAAGAGCUCCCUGCCCUUCCCCUGCCAAAGCCAACCCAGAACACCAACCUUCUGUUUCAUAUGCAUACAAGAAAAGCCAAGGCAGGGAGAGCAGCAGCAAAGACAUCCAGGGAUACUGAACAGAGCAGGCAUCAGUGACAAUCAGACAACAGCAGAAAAAGGAGGAUCUGGGGAGGAGGCAGAUAGGAGCAAAACACCUCUUUUGAUAUUUGAAUCUGUAGGGGGCGUUAGGAUCAACUAAUGUGGUAAAUGGAAUUUCCUCACCUGUCAACCCAAAGUCACACAGUCUUCUUUAAGGGUGACUGAAAAGAAGUCAGGCUGGGCUGAUUUUCUGUUUGCCGCCCACCUGGAUUAUAUCAGGAAACGUUCAGGUGCUAAAAGCUUGUGUUAAAGUGGCCUUAAAGUUGAAUCCAGUACAAUUUUAGGUGCUGAUGGGAUGGCAGCCAGUCCACAAGUCUCUAAGUGGGAUGAAGGGAGUGGCCCAGCUGUCCGUCACUGAGUCCUGACUGAACUGUUGGACAAUGGGCAGGGAGGGGCGGGGCCAGCAGUCACCAUCAGUCACCAUCAGCCACACCCGCCGAGCUGCUGUUUGGUCUUCUGAUUGACUCAACCAAGUCAAUGACUGUCAGUCCACAUCCCCACCUCCCUCCUCCUCCUCCUGACUUUAAAGCUCUGACACUCCACUGCCAAGUCAAUAAAACACUCAGCGGCUCAAUCACAGGGCUGUCUUAAUGUGCCGCUGAGUUUUAGAGAAAAACUGAGGGAGCAGUGAGUAGUUUACGGCCUCAUUGCCUCUUGGCUGUCACAUCACAUCCUUUAAAGUGGUGUUUUCAGAACCACAGAAAUCAUCUCAACAACUUUGAGACACUUCCUGUACAGUAAAGGACUCAGCUGCUUGGCAUUCCUCAAGGAUUCCCCUGAAAGAAAAGAGCACACAUAGUUUUAAAUGAGUGGCCUCUCCGGCUGUUUCAGAGGCUCCUGAAUAGCGGCAAGGCCCCGGGCAACUCGGCCAGUUCCCGGAGUAGGUCAGAGGUCAUGACAGUCAAUCACAGAGUGACCCCCCUCCUGUCCCCGCCAUCCUUUGUGACCAUUCAAAAUAACCCCUCUCUUCAUGAACUACCACUGAAUAGGCUUCCAGCUGCAAAGGACAGGAAAAGACACAGGAAAAAAGGCAAGAGAGGAGGAGAGGAGGGGAGAAAGGAGGAGGUGAAUGAAUACACACGGUCUCUCUUCUCUCUGUUAUUGAAAUGGGGGGAACAAAACCUGCCGCCGUAGGUAAAGCAGGGACAGUAGAGGGACAAAAGAAGCAGUGACUUGAUGUUAGGCUGUACGUCAAUGCAGCCGAAUGGAGAAGUGGCGGCGAGAGGAGUCGUACGACUCAAGAGGAUUGACGAAUGGAAGCAAUGACCACACUAACAAGAAAAGAAGGAAGCUCAAAGUGGGCCUGAAAGUCAAAGGCUUUUGUGUUUUUAUGCAGGUAUGUGAGGAAUUUAAAGCACAUGUGACACACAAAGUUGUGCUCUGACAGAUUUAUCUCGUUUCGACCUGAUCAGGGAUCAGCUGUUAGUGUCGCAGUCUGUCAGUUAUCCACAUCAUCCUGAUGGUCACCGAUACAGUUGUGUGGUUUGUCUGUUUUGCAGUUCCAGUUUGAGGUGGGUCUGCUCAUAGCUGUGACGCUGUCCUCCUUGGUGUGUCUGAGCCGCCUCUACACCGGCAUGCACUCAGUUUUGGUGAGAUACGCCUUCACCACACACACACACACCAAUUACAGCAUUAAACAUUCAGGCCCAACACUGAAUCCAUAAUUUAUGACUGUGUCUGGUUAACUGUCUGCAUCAAGAGCCUUGGAUCAAAUCUUCAUUCAGAGUUCACUUCCUGUUGUCAUUGUUUUAUUUGAAAAUAUUAGUGCCACUUUUUUUGGUUACUUACAAGCUUAACUCCAAAAAUGUUGUGAAACACCGAUGAAAAACUGAUUUUAAUGGCUUUCAAAUGAUUUAAGUCUGUCUUUGAUUGAAAAUAGUACAUAGACAACAAAUAAAAUGUUGAAAGCUCACCAGUAUCUCUGUCCAGUGAAUAUCAAUAACAUUUGGACACCAGCCAUCCCAGUUUUUCCUAGAUUGUCCCAGUUUCAGGCUGGUGUCCUAAAUCCUUGAUAUAAAAUUUCGACAAACCCUCAUGUUUAAAUUCCCCUGUAAUUUUGCAGUGCACAAAUCAAUGCACCAUCGUCUCUGCAGCUGUUUUCUGCCAGGACCUGUCAGUGAGUGACAGAAGCAAACAUGUCUGCUGACUGUUUACUGAUGCAGUUGAAGCCCGUCACAAAAGACACCUUUAGUCUCCAUGCUACAGCGGCCCUGAGGGUCAACCACACAAAAUGUUACUCGACAAGAAAAAAUAUUUCACUGAUCCUCAAGGAAAAAAAAAAAAAAAUUAAACUGCACUCCUGUUCUCAUUUAGGCCGCACCUGUACAGUAUAAGCAAGUAUUUGACUUAUAAUAAUUAUUUUAAUUUAUUAAAUAUUUAAUCUCACAGCUUCCUCUGUCAAUUCUUGUUGUUUUUUUGCCUGCAGGAUGUACUCUGUGGUGCUCUGAUUUCAUUCGUCCUCACGUUCAUCACCUACCCUCACUGGGAAACCUUCGACCGCUUCCAGCUCACCAGUCCCGUCUCCCCUGUCGUGGCGUUGCUGCUGCCGCUCUUCCUCAGCUACACAUACCCAGAGCUGGACCACUACAGCACCACGCGGGGGGACACCACCACCAUCCUUGGAGUGGGUGCCGGCUGUUCGAUUGGAUACUGGACGAACCAGCAGCUGGGACAGACUUUUGAGCCCCAGGGGGAGUUACCUGUACCCCUGCCUGCACUGACAGCAGGUAGUCUGGCACGAGGCUCUGCACGCUCCCUCCUGGGAGCUGUAGCACUAGUGGGAACUCGGCAGGUUGUAAAAACAUUGAGCCUGUGGGUGUUGUACUUGUGGUACAGAGUGCCACGAAGUGACGACAGUGCACGGAGGAGAAGAGAGAUUGAAGUGCCUUCAAAGUUUGCCACAUACACAGCUGUUGGACUGGUUAACUCAAUAUUAGUCAACCGAGUUUUCCUCCUGCUGGGGCUCCUAUGACCUGCUCACAUCACCAGAAGAAGACUGAUGAUCAACACUGAC